AAAAAAAACAAAAACAGUUUGAUAGUUUGUUAGACGCGAUCUCCUCGGAUAUAAAGAAAAAAGAAGAGAAAAGAUGAAAAAUCUUGCAGAGUUAUCUGUUGCUAAGAUUUUCAAAUUGUGCAUUCUUUUCUCUCUUUUUCGUCAACUUGACGCUGUUGUGUGUAGUCAACCGGAGGCAGAAAAAGUAGAAUGUGGAUUUCUGGGAAUUGACUAUGACAAAUGUGUCAAUCUUGGCUGCUGCUAUGAUUCUCUUUCACCAAUUCCUUGUUUUCUUCCUGGAAGCAAAAUUCAAUUACAUAAGAGUGCAAAUACUCAUAUUUCUGAUGAAAACAUAACUCAGAAAUAUCAAAUUUGUCAGUAUAAAUAUCAACACACUGCUGUCAAAGUUCAAGGAAUACACAUUUGGACACUCUACAAAUAUAUACAAACUACAGAGUGCUUAUCAACACAACAAGGAUUCUCCAUUCAAGAAGGCCCCAAAUUUAAUCUCUUCUGGGAUUUUAAUGAUUUAACUCAACUGGUUAUGAUGUCGCCAUUAAUUCCAGAAAAAGGUGAGAAUAUGGGAGGUGAAUCUCAUAUGAUGAUUGAUAGUAUUUGUGAUUUGGGAGGACUAACAGUUCCGAAAAGAUAUGAAACCUGUUCAAAUUUAACGUCUACAAAUUUUGAACAAAAGUUUUUAUAUCAGAUCUAUGAACCAUCAAGUUCUAAAGUAAAAGUAGAAGUUCGAGGAGAAAAUUUUGCAUGUUCAACUUCAGAUAACAAACCUUUUGUAAUAGUUUACUCAAAGGCCUAUGAUCAAUAUUUUAAAGCCAAUGAUUUAUGGAGUGGAGAAUUUAUCUCAUGCUCACUGAUAGAUUCGAAUGAAAAAUGCUCUUACGAAUGCUUCUGUCAGCAAUCUAUAUGUAAAAUGAUCUAUUUAAAAUGGAUGAUCAAUUAUGAUAAAGAAUUAUUUCCAUUAUCUAAUGUUACUGUUUGUGACAUAAAUGUUGUGGCUCUUUAAAAUAUAGAAUAAUAG